GAAAAAUGUAAUAAAAAGAAAUAAAUAAAAAAUAAUAUAACACGGAGACACAAGACCGUUAAGCAAAUGCAAUAUGUGUGUUGUGGAAUCAAGAAAGACUGCUGUAGCGUGUUGUGGCAAGCGCUUCUCAUUCACUUAUAAUGCCCGCAACCAACAAAGAAUUGCAAUCACCAUCGAGUGAAAUGGUGUUGCUCACUCCGAACACCGAGAACCCGCCACCGAUUAUAGCAGUGACAGCGACUCCUGGCACUAAGGACACCACCAAGGAUGGUGUACGCGAAGGCUCAGCGGAAUCGGACAGCAGUCGGGUAGUGAUGAAGAAACAGCUGGGAUUACUUGAGGGUGUGGCCAUCAUAUUGGGCAUCAUCUUUGGCUCCGGCAUCUUUGUCUCACCUAAAGGAGUCCUGCGUGAGGUGGAGUCCGUGGGUACAUCGCUUAUCAUCUGGGUGUUGUGCGGCCUGCUCUCGAUGAUUGGUGCGCUGUGCUAUGCGGAGUUGGGCACUGCGAUACCCAAGUCUGGCGGAGAUUAUGCGUAUAUUUAUGAGGCGUAUGGAUCGCUGCCAGCGUUUCUUUAUCUGUGGGAUGCCAUGAUGAUCUUUGUCCCCACAACAAAUGCCAUAAUGGGUCUCACAUUCGCCUCCUAUGUGUUGCAGCCCUUCUUUGCCGAUGGCUGUGAGAUUCCAAAGAUUGCAUUACAAUUGCUUGCGGCUGCGACGAUAUGUUUUCUCACCUACUUGAAUUCGUAUUACAUGAAGAUCACAACGAAAAUGCAGAAUGUUAUCAUGUUUACCAAAAUUGCCGCAUUGGUGCUGAUAAUUUUGGUGGGCUUGGUUUGGAUGCUGAUGGGACACACGGAGAACUUUGACAAGCCUUUUGAGAAUACGGAAACGGAUCCGGGCAAGCUAUCAGUGGCAUUCUAUUCGGGUAUCUUUUCGUAUGCCGGCUGGAACUAUUUGAAUUUUAUGACAGAGGAAUUGCGUGAUCCAUAUCGUAAUUUGCCAAGAGCCAUCUACAUUUCUCUGCCACUCGUUACUGGCAUCUAUGUGCUUGCAAAUAUGGCUUAUUUGGCAGUGUUGUCGGCGCCCGAGAUGUUGGCCUCCAAUGCCAUUGCAGUGACAUUUGCGGACAAGAUACUUGGCAGCUUUUCACUGAUAAUUCCGAUUAUGGUGGCCAUUUCGGCAUUCGGUGGUCUCUCUGUGCACAUCAUGACAUCGUCACGCAUGUGUUUUGUCGGCGCCCGCAAUGGACACAUGCCGGCGAUUUUGUCGCACAUCAGCGUCAAGAGCUAUACACCGUUGCCGUCGCUGGCAUUUCUGUGUUUGCUGUCGAUUGUGAUGCUGGUGGUCAGUGAUGUGUAUGUGCUAAUCACUUACAGCAGCAUUGUGGAGUCGUUCUUCAUCAUGAUGUCGGUGUCGGCCGUUUUAUACUUUCGCUACAAGCAUCCCAAUAUGGAGCGUCCAAUUAAAGUCUCUUUGUGGAUACCCGCCGUGUUUGUCGUCGUUUGCGCAUUUCUGGUGGUCGUUCCCGUUUAUGUGGCUCCAUUUGAGGUCGCCAUGGGCUUGCUAAUCACACUAAUUGGUAUACCUUUCUACUAUGUUGGCGUCGUGUGGCAGAACAAACCGAAAUGGGUGCAGCACGCGAUUGAUUCGAUGACAUUUACGUGCCAAAAACUCUUUAUGUCUGCCAAGGAGCAAAAACAGGACUAAUCAACAACAAGCGAACAUCGUUUUCACCUGGAACAACUGACACUCUCUAGCCUUAUAAACACACUUUGAAAAUCAUCACCGACCAUCACCUACAUACAUACAUGACAGAAAACUAUUACCAUAAGUGCAAAGACAUCGAAUAUUAGUUCAUUUUUGUAUAGGGUUUUUUUCUGUUUGUUAGUUGAAGCUCAGGUGGCGUAGAAAUGACAAAUAACUUGACAGAGAAUUCGUUCUUUCCUACUUAAUAUUAAGAAGCCAUUUAGUCAAAGGCUAAAUCUAUUUUGAUAUUGAAAACUAUAUAUUUUUUACAUAUAUGGAUUGUCAACUACGUCACUUGUGCUAGCUUAGCAUUAUUUAUCCAAUUAACCACCAAAAUAAGCCAAUUUGUUUGCCAAAGUUCAUACUAUUAAUUUGUGUAUUUUCUGUUGACUAUUGAUUUGUUUUAUUUAUAUUUAUUAUAUCACAAAAUUUUUCAGUACAA